AUGUUGCAAAGAGUGGUGGUUACAGGUCUAGGGUGUUAUACGCCUCUGGGAGCUACGCUAAAUGAAUCGUGGACCGCUCUGUUAAAUGGACGGUCUGGUGUUAUAAGUAUUCAGAGUCUGAAAGAAUAUGAGGAUAGAUAUAAACCGUUCUCUAGAAUCAUUCCUCCGACAGCUACUGUUGGUAAAGUCGAUUUUAAUCCACAUGACCAUUCGAUUUUGACUUCGCAGGAGAUUCGCAGGACUUCUUUAGCUUCUCAAGUCGCUGUGGUUGCAACACACGAGGCAUUGAGCAGCGCGAACCUUAUCGAUGGGUCUGGAGAAUCUCUGAUAGGCAGCCAUCUGCAACCAGAGAGAGCUGGGUGUAUUAUUGGGUCUGGACUCCCGUCGAUGCAUGAUAUUUUUGGUGCGACAAACUCCCUCUUGUCCCUACCAAGGACAACUGUUUCGCCGUAUUUCUUACCGAAGUCAUUGAAUAAUAUGGCAUGCGGCAACGUAGCAAUUAAGUAUAAACUCCGUGGUGUUAGCCAUUGUCCCUCUACCGCAUGUGCUACAGGAAAUAAUGCUAUCGGCGAUGCGUACAACUUCAUACGUCUUGGGUAUGCAGAUAUGAUCGUGGCUGGAGCAAGUGAGAUGAGUGUUCAUCCUCUGCCAUUGGCCGGAUUCAUUAAGGCCAAGAGUAUUACACCUACAGGUAUUUCAAGGCCAUUUGAUUCCCUUAGAGAUGGGUUUGUGCUGGGAGAGGGGUGUGGGAUGGCUGUGCUGGAGUCAUUGUCCCAUGCACUAAAAAGAAAGGCAAAUAUUAUUGCAGAGGUAGUUGGCUACGGGUUAAGUACAGAUGCUUAUCACAUAACAUCUCCGUUACAGAAUGGGGAUGGAGCUAGACGAGCAAUGGAGAUGGCUAUACGGCAAGGUAUGCGUUGGGAGGACAGAAAUCAAAUAGGUUACGUCAACGCCCAUGCUACUAGCACAGUCCUGGGCGACAGAGCUGAAGCCCAGGCUAUCAAAAAUAUCUUCCAAGAUGGAAAUGCAGAGGUUUGCAUAGGAAGUAAUAAGGGGCAUAUGGGACACUUGCUUGGCGCUGCAGGUGCUGUAGAAGCUGUAUUCUCUCUACGAUCUUUGAAAGACGGGAUCGUACCAAACACCUUAAAUUUGAAUAUACCUGGAGGUGCAGACGGUGAUAAAGAGACGUAUUUUACAGGGCUGCAGUUUGUAAUGGGAAAGCCUAAACGCAUCUCUUUGAGAUACGUCUUAAAUAAUAGCUUUGGAUUCGGAGGUAUUAACUCCUCGCUGCUGUUCAAGAAGUUUGAGUGA